GAAUGUUAGUUGUCUAGGCGACGUUGUUUAAUGGCCGACUUCUGAUUUUGUUAAAGUUUCCUUUUAUUUAUUGUUUUGGCAUCUGCUGUUUAAAAAUGGCAGCAACCCUGCCACCCAUAAAUGGGCCAAGUAACCAAAGAGUGACUGCACAAUAUGGAGUGUCAAAGCCCUCUCCUAAUACAAGGUCAAUCAAACUGGCCCCGAUUAAAAAACUUCAAGGAAAAACCGAAAGAGAUUUAAUGUUAAAAAGACAAGCUUUACGAGAACAGCAACCAGUGUUAUCGAAACAGGCAACGUCAGAAUAUCGAAAUACCUACAUUCACAACUUAUGUUUGGACAUGUUAUCUGCUGGAUACCAUUUGUCAUUUAAAGAGUUAUUUGCCCUUAUCAACAAACAAGAAGAAGAUCGUCAAAAAGCUGGACCGGAAUCUUUGAUGUGGACACAGAUUAUGAUUGUGGAAGAAGAGGAAAAACUGAACAUGUUACGAAAAUAUCUGACAGUAGCUGAAGUAGCAGAAAGAAAAGGAGAAUUGGUCGAGGUAUAUAAUGCCAGAUAUCAGUUGGCUACAUAUUUUAAAUCUACUGGUGAUAAAUGGUUAUCGGAUCAUUUCUUUAAUACAUGUUUAAAAACAAGUGCUUCAAUAAGAUCAGAUGGAGGUCGACUACAAGCGGAAGGCCAGUGUAAUGUCGGUUUGGCUUUAGAACUUAGUGGAGAUUAUUUUGAAGCAGCAGAGCAUUUUGAGUUUUAUUACCUGUUAGCAUGUGAUCAUGAUGACUGGAUAAAAGAAGAUAUCACAUUUUACACAGAUGCUUGUGUCAAUUUAUGUCGUAUCUAUUCUGUCAUCGGAAGUCAGUUGGAAGAUACAGAUCCUGAAAAAUCACUGGACUUUUUAUUGAAGGCUUUUAACAAAGCAAAAGAAAGUAACGAUAGAUUAUUAGAAGGUGAAGCAGCAUAUAAACUUGGUUUAGCUUACGAGAAAAAUGGUGAUGGCGAAACAGCAUUAUUGCAUUUAACACAUUUUCUGGAAGCAUGUAAAUGUGCAGAAGAUGAUGAUGGUGUUGGGAGAGCUUGUGAUGCUAUCGCUAAAGCCUAUGCUAGAAAAGGAGAAGUAAAUGAAAGUAUUAGUUAUUUAAAACAGUUUGUUGAAAUGGCUGAGAGAAGUGGUAAAGAAGCUGAAUAUAGUAAAGCUUGUCAUAAUCUGGGUAAUCUCUAUAAUAAACUGGGUCAGUAUGAAGAAGCCUCUGAGUAUUUCAGUAAAGCGUAUAACAUCUCGAGAUCUCUGGGUCAAACUUCGGCUAUACAUGUGAACAGAGUACAAUAUGGUAUUGCUUUAGCUCAUCGUAUGAUGUCCGGGUUUGGAAAACAUCUAGUCCAGACUAACCAGCCCAGUAUUGAAAGAUUAACCGAGUGGAAGAGCGCUAGAACAGAUGAAUUUGAUAAACCAAUGCCAGAUCCAGAAGCAGAGGAAUUAAUUGAGAUUCCUGGUUUACAACUUCAAGAACCCGAACGAACGCCUAUACUGGAGGAAGAGGAAGAAGACGAGGAUCAAGGGGAGACAAACCUGGAUGCAACAAAUACAGAAAGGGGGGUAACUGAUAUCACCUUGACAACAGAGGGAACAGAUAUGAGCACAACUGAUUAAAAGAGAAUUAAAACUUGAAAACUUAAAGAAUGUUUGCGACUUUAUAUUCAUAAAUGUUCAAGAAUAAAGAAAGUUUUUUUGAG